CAGCCGUUGAAGUCCUUUGCAGCAGCAAGCCAAAUAUUAAAGUGUAACUAAACAGCACUAGUCAUCAGGGUAGGGUUGCACCAGCUGUGCAUAAGUCCUUACUUAAGUUGAGACAUAAAGUUCACACUAAGGGCUUAGUAACUACUAGUUAGUUUGUAACUAAGUCAGUGCUUAAUUUGGUUGCACCACCUGUUCUUAAGGAGGUGAGAUCCUCCAGUCUUUACAUCAUCAUGCUUUUAAUUGGGCUACGGUGGUUAAUUAAACAAGUUUCAGUCCAACAGCAGAAAUCCAGCUGUCAUAUGAUAUAAAAGAGACAAAGUAUCGAAGGACUGAACAACGUGAGUUCUGUUUGCAUAAGCACAGGUGUUCAUAUCAUUGUGCACUGAUCCAUUGUGAUAUCUGGGUUACCAUGACUGGAUCAACUCUGAUUUCAUCUCUCCUGACAUUGGCCUGCAUUCUCCUGCCAUUAUGUGCUGCUCAAGGUGGCUCAUGCAGGGGACGGUGUGCCGAGCCGUUCAGGCGUGGGAGACAUUGUGACUGUGAUUCAGACUGUGUCCUCUACAACGCCUGCUGCCCUGACUACCAUGCACAGUGUGAUGCGUUCUCCAACUUACAAGAUCCGAGAAGCUCAAAGAUAACCAAACCAACAGACUAUACUGAGGAGUGUAUUGCAGCAUGCCUCGCAAACCAGCAAGGCCCAGAUGUCCUGAGAGAUGGAAACAGUGCUCUGGAUGGGCUAUAUAAUUUGAUGGCUCCAUCUGCGGCUCCAUCACUCCUUGCUGGAGGCCCCCUCGCUCAGGACAUUGGCCUCUAUGCCCCUUUGAGCCCUUCUGACAUACCAGGUCCUGCUCCAGCAGUUGGGCCAGUACAAGCAGGUGGACCCUCCUCUGGGAAACCCCUAACCAUCCCUGUACAGGUCGCUCUCACAAUCAGUGGACAAGGUGAUGGGACAUCUAGUGGGCCUGCCUUUGGUUCAGGUAGACCUAGCACUCUCGCAGACAUUGCCCAAGCCACGGGAGCAAACAAACCCGCGGGAUUAAAUUCAAGUUUGGCCCCUGACCUCUGCAGCGGCCUUCCUAUCGAUGGACUGGCAGCUCUCUUUAAUGGCUCCAUCAUAGUUUUCAGAGGUCAUUUCUUUUGGCUGGUGAAUCCCAAAACAAGAAGAGCUGGUCCUACUCGUAGAAUCACUGAAGAGUUGGGCAUCCCUUCCCCGAUUGAUACUGCCUUCACUCGCUGCAACUGCCAGGCCAAGACCAUCAUCAUCAAGGGGGAUGAUUACUGGAGUUUUGAGAAUGGUGUAAUGGAGCUUGGAUAUCCCAGAUCAGUGUCUAGAGACUUUGGUGGGCUCACUGGGGAAAUCACUGCUGCUCUGCCUAUCCCUGCCACCAGAAAGAGACCAGAAGCUGUUUAUUUCUUCAAGAAAGGAGGAACAGCUCAGAAAUUCUCUUAUCCACCUGGAAGUGGGCCGACUUGCAGUGGAAAGAGAUCUAAAAAUUCAUUCAACACCAAGAACCAACGUGCUAGACAAGCAGAGAUCCAGUUGUCAGGAGAGAUCAACAUAAACGCCAAGUGGAAGGGCUUCCCUACCCCUGUGACUUCAGCCUUGUCUAUGCCCAACCCCAAGAAAUCAGACGGUUUCGAUUACCUUGUUUUCUCUUGGCCUAAAGUCCUUAACAUCAAGAUCAGUGGUGAAGCGCCUACUUUGGCGGCCCCUGCCAGCAGUCCCUCCCAGCAGAAUGACAUCAGAAGUUGGCUCAACUGUCCCUGAAAAACCAGCACUAAUCGAACAAAACCAGCAUCUGCACGGC